AUGAGACUUAUAGUGGCAUCCGAAGAUAGUGGGAGCAUUAAGGAAGUUGUUGCAAACCGUGGGACCGACACUUCUAAGCCAACAGCAUUGCAGCCGCUACAUUUACAGUCACACCUGCCUCAAGGACUCUCAAAUCAUGUUGAGACUAUCUGGAAGGUUAAUCCUUCACAAUUACUGGUGGGACGUUCAAGUGGUGUGAUUGAAUUGGUGGGUUUAGAGGAACGUGAAAAGGAGCUUAAAGAGGAAGGUAUACCAAACUUUAACAUAAAUACAUUUAUGGUACAAGACAGCCUUGUGGGGUGUUUCAGCUUAGAGAAACAGGAGGAGUUUUCGAAAAAGUCUCAAAAGAGGUCUAAGUUUGUGGAUGGGUUUGUUGGAAUAUUUCCACUUCCAAAAAAGGAGGGGUUUUAUAUUGCAGUUACAAGAUCCGGAUUGCUAUAUAUAUUUGAGAAAUUGAAGGCGAAACUGAGGAAAUUGCAUACACAUGAACUAGUGGGACCUUUGGAGUUUAUUCAAAUACAUGAUUUAGCAGAAAACUAUGAUAGCUAUGUCUUUGCCUAUGGCGGAGAAGACAAUCUGGUAAAGCUUGUUGAAAUAUCGAAUGAUCUAUCCAGUAUAAGGCAAAUAUGGAUGGCAAAGAAUGUAAAAAAUGAUAGAAUUGAUUUAACAGUUCCUAUUUGGCCAAUUGGCUUACGGUUUCUCGAAAAUAAUGCUAAAAAUGUGAAUGAUGACAGCCUAAACUAUCAGUUUGUAACCGUAACUCGUCAUGCACAUUUUAGAUUUUAUCAGACAUCUCAUGGCCGCAAGCCUUUGAAAUCUCUUAAUUUGCUUGGAAACAAGGAGCAAUUAACAUCUAUAAAUUUAAUCGGAGAUGUGACUGCUUUAGGAAAUGUGAGAUCUAAAAACUAUACUGGAUUUUCAUUUGUGACAACCGAUGCCAGGAAAAAUGUUUAUCAAUUUGAUCUAAAAGGACAUUUGCUAGGUAAGUUUGGAAAUGGUGAUAUCACUGGCCAUUCGUCAUUUAUUGGUGUUCACAACCAAAAAUACUUAUUACAAGGAGGUCUAGAUAGAUAUGUUCGGAUCUUCGAUUUGCAUACACGACGUAUAUUGGUUAAAGCUUUUACUGGAGGUAAAAUCAAGAAUGUAAUGCUUCUAGAUGAUGGAGAUAUUGAGCUGCCACAGGCCAAAACGAAAAACAAUAAAAGAAUUUAUAAGAGGAAACAGUCUGCUGAGGAAGAAGAGAAAGAGGCAGAUGAUCUAUGGAGCAAACUUGAUGCCAAGAAGAAGAAGCGUCAUAACUAA